AUGGCGCUCAACAAGAAUCACUCGGAGGGCGGCGGAGUGAUCGUCAACAACACCGAGAGCAUCCUGAUGUCCUAUGACCAUGUAGAGCUUACGUUCAGUGACAUGAGGAAUGUGCCAGAGGCCUUCAAAGGGACCAAGAAAGGCACAGUCUACCUUACCCCAUACCGGGUCAUCUUUCUGUCCAAGGCGAAGGAUGCCAUGAAGUCUUUUAUGAUGCCCUUCUAUCUGAUGAAGGACUGUGAGAUCAAGCAGCCUGUGUUUGGGGCAAACUACAUCAAGGGGAUGGUGAAGGCCGAAGCAGGAGGUGGCUGGGAAGGCUCUGCAUCCUACAAGCUGACCUUUAUGUCCGGGGGCGCCAUCGAAUUUGGGCAGCGGAUGUUACAGGUGGCAUCUCAAGCCUCCCGAGGCGAAGCCCCCAACGGAGCCUAUGGUUAUUCUUACAUGCCCAGCGGGGCCUAUGUCUUCCCCCCGCCAGUCGCCAAUGGAAUGUACCCCUGCCCUCCUGGCUACCCCUACCCACCGCCCCCACCUGAGUUCUAUCCGGGACCCCCCAUGAUGGACGGGGCCAUGGGGUACGUGCAGCCCCCACCGCCGCCCUACCCCGGGCCCAUGGAGCCUCCAGUCAGUGGCCCCGAUGUCCCCUCCACUCCUGCAGCUGAAGCCAAGGCCGCGGAAGCAGCUGCCAGCGCCUAUUACAACCCGGGCAACCCACACAACGUCUACAUGCCCACGAACCAGCCUCCACCACCUCCCUACUACCCCCCCGAAGAUAAGAAGACCCAGUAG